GCGACAUGAUGUAAUUGCAGCUGAUUUCGCAGUCUGGCAGUCUCCUCUCCUCUCUCACUCUGCGGCUGCUGGUCGCUGUCAUCAUGCAGGUGGAAUCUGCGCAAUGGAGCUCAGCGUAGGGAUGCAGCGCCGUGCAGAGAACCACAGACACCGGGACUAUUAGUAUUAUUGCGUCUGCUUUAACUUUGCUAUGAUAUACGGACCUCAGCUGUUUGACACCAAUGCCAAUGCAGCUAAACUUGGAGUUUGCUUAAAGGCUUGUGGUUGAGCGGUGCUGAUGCUGUCAGCUGCUGUCCGGGUGUCCUGGCGCAGUCUAACUCAGCUGGCAUCGCAGAGGAUGCGGGUCGUCCCCGUGGGAAGUGACUCUCACGGUUUGAAAGGCGACACUUUACAAGAAACGAAAAAGACGUAAUCCUGCGGAUUGCUUUUGCCCGUUGAAACGCGCGAACGCGAUGGAUGAGUGCACCGCCGACGAGACCAUCCCGGACCUGAAAGACAUCGAGGGGAAAAUCGGAAGGAAGACCCCCGAAGCUUUGCUCAGGGGGAUGCGGGAAGAGGCGCCUUCUCUCCGGGGAGAAGCCAAGCAGACCCACGGUCCGAGUGAAGGGACCGGAAAGAAGGGUUUGGAUGAAAAGAUCAGGAUAUUGAAGAUGGAGAUGGUUCACUUGCGCUCGGUCGACGUGAAGCUCUUACAUCAGCUGCUGGCGGUCCACGAAGGCAUCGAGGCGCUGAAGUGGCUGCUGGAGGAGCGCAGCACUCUGACGAGCCGCUGCAGCAGUCUGACCAGCAGCCAGUACAGCCUGGGCGAGGGCCUGGACACCUCCUGGAGAGGCUCCUGGAGCAGCCUGCAAGACCCCAACGACAAGCUGGAUAACAUCUCCGUUGGCAGCUACCUGGACACGCUGGCGGAUGACAUGGAUGAGUACUGCCCCUCCGGGUCGGAGUCUGUCAUCUGCUCCACCGCGCUCUUUCCAGAGGCCGCCGCUGGAGGCCGGACAGCGGGAGGCCCCGGGGGCGCGGCUGGGGUAGGGGUGAGUGGGACGAAGGGCAAAGGGGGCGCAGGGGUCCCGGGUGUCUCAGGGGAUGCUGUGGCGGCAGAUGGAAAACCAGCCGUCGCUGUCAGCUCCGCGCCGGCCAAGUCCGAGGGCCCCAAGCAGCACAUCUGGACAACGCCUUCGGAGGGCGUCGAAGGAAGCCCCGUCCUCAAGGAGAAAACCCGGGCGCAAGUGGUUAAAGCCAAUGGUGCGCAGGAGAAGACGGUCACGCACUCAGGCAGCCCGACGCGCGCCAUCGACGAGAAGCGGCAAAGCGGUCCGACCCCCAAACUCAAACCUUACAAAAAUGGAAUGAUUGACCUCGAUACCUGCAAAAUGAACGGAAAAAUGCACCUGGAGUACGACGCACACUGGCGGUGGGUUCAGUCGCAAGAAGAUGUGACCUUUUUGUAAGAAGGACGACGAGAGAUGAGACUCAAGCCAGCGUUAAGCAAUGCCUCUGUCGACCUCUAAGACUGGAUCAAUGGUGGACUGAAAAAGUGAGGCCUGUUGUGAAAUGCAAAUAGUGAGACUCUUCUUGUCGAAAGACACAGGGUUCGACUAACAAGGAGUCACAUGUUUUGUCCUGUCUUUGCUUCCUGUGAAUGCACUAACUUAUUUACUUGCUAUAAAACAUUGAUGUCAGUAUUAAGAUGGAUGCAAACUUCAGGAUUUUGACCAUAUAUAGCCAGAUUUGGCUAAGCGUAUUCAAAAAGCCUUUUUCAUUGUUUUUCUUUUUGUUCCCUGAUAUCCUUUCUUUUCUAAAGCACAGUAAGACGAUCCGUCGGAGAGACGAAGAUAAGUUUGCUUUACUUUAACUUUAACGCCCUAGCUAUGAAUCAAACCCAGGGACAAAUCAAAGAAUAUUGUUAAUAACUCUACACGCCCUGCAGUGAACCUUUAUUAAGGCCACUACUGGAAGUUAGUUAGUGAGACCCCAUCAACACAUUAUGUUUGAUUCACAAAUGGAUAAUAUACGGUAUGAACUCUUUGUUUUAAACAAUUUAACUGAAAUCUUGAUGGUUGUAGACAGUGCUACUUGAUCAAAUAUUAACAAAAUAUAAGUAUUGUCAUAGCUGGCUCAAGC